UAACGUAAACCCCCAGCACCUAGGCCAACCCAGCACCCAGGCCAUUUCUUGCCAAGACCAUAACUAUUAAUAUUAACACGUAAUGCCUUGCUAACAAGAUGUGCAAUUAUCUAAACAAGAGGGUAGAAUUAAUCUUGCCCUUUCUACUUUCUAAUUAUAUAAAUUUAAAAGCCUCUAAAGCGCUGCUUAGGCAUUUAACAUACUACAUACAACCUUAAGUGCUAGGUAUAGAGGCAGACUCUAUAUUAACAAUAGACGCAACACACAAUAUAAGCUUACGCGCACUAAAGAGCAAACAAUUGUACAAUACAUUCUUGACCUUAAUUUGCGAGGAUUCGCGCCCUAGCUGUGCAAGGUAGCAGAUAUAGCCAACAAACUGUUGGGUGUACGUGGUGGGCAGCCUGUUAGCAAGCACUAGGCUGAGCGCUUCGUGACGCGUUUAGCUACGCUUAAGAUAGCCUUUAAUUGAGCCAAAGAUAGGCAGAGGAUGCUGCAGGAGGAUCUAGAGACAAUUAGCGCGUGGUUUAAGCUAGUAGAGGACACAAAAGCUAAAUACAGCCUUAUUCAGCCAGGUGAUCGCGAGUGGGUAACAGUCAUCCAGAGCGUCUGCGCUGCUAGAUCUUGUACCCUGCCUUUCAUUAUCUACAAAGGACGCGUUCACAUCUCUGCCUGGUACGAGGAGGCAGAUAUACCACGCAAUUGGAAGCUCUCCGUCUCUGAGAGCGGCUGGACGAACAACGCGCUCGGCCUUGAGUGGCUGAAGCACUUCGACGCGCAUACAAAGGCGAGCCAGGUAGGGGCGUACAGGCUGCUCAUUUUAGACAGCCAUAAGAGCCACCUUAACCAGGAUUUUAAGGACUACUGCCUUAAAAACAUAAUCCUUACCCUCUACAUGCUACCUUACUUAUUAUAUAUCCUCUAGCUACUUAAUAUAGUCUGCUUCUUGCUAUUAAAGCAUAAGUACUCUUAGCGCAUAUAAGACUUAGCACACAAGCACGUCUUCUAUAUUAACAAAGAAGGCUUCCUCCCUACCUUUAAGGACGCAUUUUUUAACAUAUUUAUAGUAGAGAACUAUUACAAGGCCUUUAAGGCAGUAGGGCUAGUCCCUCUUAACGCGCAGGUUGUGUUAGAUUGCCUUAAAGUGCGCCUGCGUACCCUGCUAGAACCCCUCCUCCUAGAGACGCUGUAGCAGUUAAAGACUCUAAGCAAUACCUACAAGUUU